AGUGUUGAGUUUAUAUGCUAAUUGUGCCAUACGAAUUUUUUUUUUGCAAUAAAAAAGAAAAAAUGUUAUCUAUGCGUUCUGCGCUGCUUCUUUUAUUCCUCGCGCUUCCAAAGUGCCUGGCCGUCAGCAAAGAUGUACUCGAGCAAUAUUUAACACAGCGCCGGGAAAUAAUCGAUGAAGAAUCAUCAGAUUUAUUCGGAGCGGAUAUUAUUUUGGAUAGCGAGGAGCAAGCGGCCAACGCGGUCUUGAUGAAGUUGAAGCUUCGAGAAAUAGGAACGCCCGCGAACUCGCGCAAUUUUUUACCGUCCAAACAAUUUUCAAGCGUGUCCAAAGCUAUCUCGAACUCGCCGCUAUUCAAAGUCAUACGACUGAUGCCCAAGGGCGGAGUUCUUCACGUGCAUCUGUCGGCGGUGAACUCGCGAAAUUUCAUUCUCAACAACAUAACCGACCGUGAGAAUCUCUACGUCUGCCGGGAUCAACUGGAAGGAGCUCCGAGGUUGCGCUUCUUUCGUAACGGCGCGGCCGUGGCGGCCUCGCGAGUCGAUCCCUCUUGCCGAUGGCGGCUCUUGGCCGAGGUGAGAGAGAAGGACAGGAGCAUCGACGAGGAAAUCGAUCAGGCCCUGACGAUGUACGCCAGCGGCGAGAGGCUCGGCCGGAUCAGGAACUCGAACGACGCUUGGAGAAAGUUUUUGAACCUAUUUGAUUUCGUCAAAUCCCUGUUUUCGUUCAAGCCCGUUUACGAGGAUUAUCUGUAUCACGUGCUCGAAGACAUGUACAAGGAUAAUGUACAGUUCGUGGAGCUUCGCACUGCCUUGCAACCUCUGUACGACUUGGACGGUCAGCAAUACCAGGAUCUGCAGGUGUUGGAGAUCUUUAAAAAAGUCGUUGAUCGUUUCAUGGACGAUCACGCGGAUUUCGUAGCCGUGAAAAUCAUCUACUCUCCGCACAGAAAUAUUCCUCGCUCGACUUUGGACGAGUGCAUCGGAAAAUUUCGAUUGUUCCAAGAGGCGUAUCCGGAACUCGUCAUCGGCUUCGAUCUCGUGGGCCAGGAGGAUCGAGGCCGGCCACUCCUGGACUUCGUCGACGAGCUGCUCGAGCUCGGCCGAGAUACGCGCUUUUAUUUCCACGCCGGUGAAACAAACUGGAACGGCCACGAGGUGGACGAGAAUCUGAUCGACGCCGUCCUGUUGAACGCCAAAAGAAUCGGACACGGCUUCGCCCUGAUCAAGCAUCCGAAAUUAAUGGAAAUCGUGAAAGAGAAGAAGAUCGCCGUCGAGGUCAGUCCCAUCUCGAAUCAGGUGCUGAAGCUGGUCGGGGACCUGCGCAAUCAUCCAGCGGCUCACUUCUUCGCGACGAAUCUGCCGGUGGUGAUAUCGAACGACGAUCCGGGCUUCUGGGGCGCCACCGGCUUGAGCCACGACUACUACGAGGCCUUCGUGGGCAUCAUGUCGCGCAAGACUGAUCUCCGGUCGCUGAAGCGACUGGCGCUGAACUCGAUCGAGCACAGCAGUCUGAGCGAUAAGGAGAGGGCUCUGGCCGAGGAAGCGUGGACGAGACGUUGGAAGACGUUCGUGCGACAGAUAAUGAUGGAUAGCGAUGACAGGGAGACGUAUUCUUCUUCGUAUUAUCGGUACGAAAUUUAAGUAAAGCUCGUCGACGAGCAAACAGUUCGUUUUCGUAGCUAAUUAUUUCGAUUGUUAUUUGAAUAAGAGCUUGAUAUUCAAAAUCGUAGACACGAUAAAUAAGUCAAAUGGUCAUCUAUUAUUAUCAUAUAUUGGCAUAUUUUUUUUGUAAAGGAUUUGUUUUAGAUUUUACAAAAAAAUAAUUUUAGUUUUUUUUUUAAAUUAGUCAAUGUCAAAAUUUAGUAGCUAUAAGUUUCGUUUGGUCUGUACGAAUGAUUUUCGUUCGAUUAAUCUAGAAUCUAAUUAACGAGUCUGCAUAUUAUAAUUUCAUCGAGCAUGUUUUGCAAAGAAAUUUAUUUCAUCACGUAAAACGUGAUUAGUGCAUUUUUAGGAAAAAUAUCAUUGUAAUUUCAGUCAUCGUGCUCAUUGUUGUUCAAUUCGAUGAACAUCGUUAUCUCAAUCCACGAAUUAUGACAAACAAAGUAUUAUGUAGUGAAAUCUCAAUGUGGCGGUAAUAAAAAGAAAACAUUAUUAUUUUUAGCAUAUUA